CGCUCAUCACAGCGUUAUCAAUCCUCUUUUCUUUUCAAAAGUAUCUGUAGUCUGAUUUCAUUUCCUCACCAGUUUCCAUCAAGUCGUCAUGGCUGAAUACAAACUCGAGGUGACCACAGGCACCAUGAAGUAUGCAGGUACGAUGGACUACAUUCACGCCACUUUGUUUGGAACAGAGGGGCAGAGCGAACGAACUGAGCUGGACAACUUUGGCUUUGACGCUCUCAGUGGGAUGACAAGGACAUACACCAUAAAAACCACCACGUCUCUGGGGAAACUUCUGCUGCUCAAAGUGGAAAAAGAUCCUUUCUUCAUUCUCUCUGAAGAUGAGUGGUACUGCUCCAAAAUAGUGGUGACCACCCCAGAAGGAGAAGCCAUUCUGUUCCCCUGCUACAGAUGGAUCUCCAGGGGGGAACUGGUGGAGCUGAGAGGAGGGAAAGCCAUGAAAGUUUUUGAGGACGACUGCCCAUUGCUGAUUGACCAUCGGAAAAAAGAGUUAACCAGUAAAAAACGCUUAUACCAAUGGGCGAUUACCGAUGAGAAAAUACCACAUCGAAUCCAUUACACAGACAUCGAUGAGCUGCCGGCGGAGGUCCGGUUCUCUCUGUCCAAAGAACAUGAAAUACGUUUUACAAAAAAGCUCACUGGUGUUGAACUGCUGUUCAAAGGAAUGGCCGGAUCUACUGAACAAUGGGAAAGCUUUGAGGACAUCAAGGACAUCUUCUGCUGUCGGAAAACUCCAAUGUCAGACUAUGUUGCAGAGCACUGGCAGGCAGAUGAGUUUUUUGGUUACCAGUUUCUGAAUGGAACGAAUCCCAGUGUAAUCAAGAGGUGCUCUGAACUCCCCCCAAACUUUCCUGUCACAGAGGAGAUGGUGAAGCCAUUCCUGCAGGAGGGAAGCUCUCUGAAAGAGGAAAUGAAGAAAGGCAAUAUAUUCAUCUGUGAUCAGAAGAUAAUGGACAAGAUACCCACGAGGGAGUACGAUGGGAAACCUCUGCAGGCAGCUGCUGGCUUGUGUUUGUUCUACAUGAACCCGGAAAACAAACUGAUGCCCAUUGCAAUACAGUUGCACCAACAGCCCUCCGAGCAAAACCCCAUCUUUCUUCCCAGCGACUCAGAGACAGACUGGCUGCUAGCCAAGAUAUUUGUCAAAAGUGCCGAUGCAAUGGAAUAUCAGGCAAUCUAUCACCUCAUGGGCACUCAUUUUUUGGCAGAAGUCUUUGCUGUUGCUGCUCUCCGCAGCUUUCCUGUGAUUCAUCCGCUCUACAAGUUCCUGAUCCCACACUUCCGCUACACUCUGCACAUCAACACUCUGAGUCGUACCAUCCUGUUCGGACAUAAAGGAGCUUUAAAUACGAGUACACUUGGAUAUGAGGGAAUGACAGAGCUUAUCCGGAGAGGUCUGUCUGAAAUGACCUACAGCUCCCUCUGUCUGCCAGAGAACAUCACUGCACGAGGACUGGAAUCAGUUCCCAACUUUUACUACAGGGAUGAUGGACUGAAGCUGUGGAACAUCAUCAACAGUUUCGUGAGGAAAGUAGUGGAGCACUUCUAUCCCUCAGACAACGAUGUGGUAAAAGACACCGAGCUGCAGGACUGGAUCAGUGAGAUAUUCACACAUGGCUUCCUGGCAAACAAACUUGCAGGGUUUCCUACAACAUUUGAUGCUGUUGAGGAAGUCGUCAAGUUCAUCACCAUGCUCAUCUUCACAGUGACGGCUCAGCAUGCGGCACUCAAUAAUGGACAGUUUGACUUCCUCUCCUGGAUGCCCAAUGGCUCGCUCCUGACACGCAGACCUCCUCCAACCACCAAGGGGCAGUCAAGCGUAGAGACAAUUUUGGAGACUUUCCCAAACAUUGGAGAAACUGUCAAGUUUGCAGCACAAGCUGUGGUGCUCUCAGAGAAGUACUCUGACAUGGUCCUCUUGGGUGCUUACACUGAGGAGUGGUUCCAGGAGCCAGCCCUGAAGCAGAUGAUCAAGGAAUUUCAAGCAGAUCUGUCCAACUUGACUGACAUUAUCACUGUAAGAAAUAGUGAACUUGAACUGCCCUACACAUAUCUGAGCCCAACUGAGAUAGAAAACAGUGUCACUAUCUAAGAUAGUUGGGAAGAGCCCGAAUUACAAGUUUACACAUGUC